UUCUCCUCCCAUCCUCCAUUCAAGUUGUUUCUCCUCCCUGCCUCCUCUCUUUAGCUAAGCUCUCAAGACUCAAGAGCUUAGUCUUUCUUUUGAUGAAGCUCUUGAGGUCCCAAAAUUUAUGCUAGCACUUCUCUUUAACCUCAUCAUUUUCUGAUCUGUUUCUUCAUUAUUUCUUAUUCAGAUCAUAGUUCUCAAUUUGUGUUUUUUCUUCACUGUUGGAAACCAGUAUUACAGAAACAAGCUGAGUUGGUUCUUGGGUUUCUGUCAGUGUCUUGAUAGGUCUGAUCAGAUGGUGAGAAAUGGGCUUUAUCAAUGAGAUGCAGAAAGUAUAAAUUUACUUCGAGAAGUUUCUUUAGGUCUUCGAAAAACUUUUGAUACAAUUUUUUCACUAUGGUUAGAGGUAGGGUAAAAGGGAAGAAACAAAACAUUAUCACUGCUCGCGAGGAUCCUGGGAGCUCAGAAGGGCAUAAGAUUCCACCAAAUAGGAGAAGAGGAAGGCCACAAAAGCCUUUGAAGGAUGAUAUUGGAGAAGGAAAAACUCAGAAGAUACAAGAUGAGGAUGAGAAAAGUCAUAUUUCUCGUGAAGUCGUGAAAACCCACUCUAGUAUAGAGAAUGGCACAAAAAGGAAGAGAGAUGCUCAUGUGAAUGAAAAUUUGAACUCCAUCCAAGAGGAGAACAGCAUGGAAAUAAAGUCAAGCCUUGAUAAUCCUACAGAGUCUGUUGGAUUCCGACAAAGUGGGAGUAGGCGGAAAAACAAGCCUCACCGAGCUGCUGAAGCUGGUGUUCAGUGCAAAUAGUUCAGUUUAGCUAUUCUGAUGCAUGCCUACCUUCGUUUCCAUCAAUGAGGCUAAUUCAAAAGCAUAAGAGAGGCCUUUCUGGUUCACCUAUCAUCCCUUAAAUUUUGUUUGGUAUAUGUUUUGUUUUACCAGUAAUUUCUGAGUUACUUUCCUUGGUAAUGAGGUUUUGGAAAAUUAUAUCUUGUAUCGUUCUAUUUAUUUUAUUAGUUGCCAGACAUAUUUUGCCUUAGCUUACUCAAAUUUAGAUGAAAUCCCUUCAAUUUUUCU